AUGGACGCCGGACUCGAGGCGGACACUGUGACUGAGUUUGCCGGAGAAGCUGUGCAGGAGUUCAUGGCUGAAAACUUUGCCGCUUCUAUGAGCCGGUCGAUUGACCCCCGACGACCGUACAAGCUCGACGACACCAGCUGUGUCAACGAAGUACCUCGUGUGCGUGUUUUGCAGGAACACGUUCGCAGACGUAAACAGAUUCGGGACGAGAAGAACCGAGCCUAUGAAACAGCGAAAGGAGAACUUCUGCAAAUAUUCGGUUCCAAUUUCCGACGGGCAGCAGACGAGCUGCCGCGCGCGGGUCACCAGGCACAGAAACAUGUCAAGGCUUGUGAGAAACAGAGCAAGAAGGCAAACCAGCGAUACCAGCGGGCACAGCGUGAGUUUCGAAAUGAGUGGCAGCGGCAGCGCAAUCGCCUGGUGCGCGAGAAUCUGGAACGAUACAAGAACGAGCGACCAGUAAUCGACAGCGAGCGGCAACUCUCCGGAAAAUUGGUGGACGAAGAGGUAAUGUGCGCGCUGGAACGAACCGGGUAUAUGACUCCCCAGCAUAUGCUCUUGAUCGAUACGAUUCUCACCAUGCCCGGCUCUACUGUCGAGAAGGAAUAUCAGCGUCGAAUCUCCGCGAUCAAUGCGAUUAUCGCUUUCUGUGACGUGGAAGAGGGGUCGCCUACCAGACGACCAAACGUUUCCCAGAAACGGCGUGCUGACAAUACACCGCCAUCUACGCCCCCUCCAAAGCGACAAGAACCGUGUGCGGUGGUUGAGCACGAAACAGAGCUUCAAUCAGCGAUUUCGUCAGUCUGCGUCAAAUCUCCGGAUGAAAGACCAACUAUCUGCUUUCUAUGUGUUACAAAUUCCAAGCUCCCCAUAAUCGAACGAUUCAGAAAACAUACUACUCCGGGAUCUCUCAGCAGGCACUUUGUUGACAAGCACGUCAAGCGCUUCCCCAAGGACAUGCGUCUCACGUGCAAUAUCUGUAACAAAGAGCUGGAGCAUAAGAAACAUGUAAUGAACCAUGCGCAGACAGUGCACGGAAUUGUCUCACGUCGGCCAUUGGCUGCUCUUGGCCCAAUCUAAUGAUCACCUUUCGAACCUUCACUUUAAGAUCCGGUUUCAUACGCACUUGAUUGCUAUUGAUCAGUUUUAAUUGUUAUCAUAUACUUCUCGGUGGUGCUAUUUGACUUAACACGCAUCUUCGUGUAUUCUGCUAUGUUACCUGACGAUAUUGCCUUUAUUCGUCUAUUUCCCUUCGAAUAUAUACUGAUAGAAGCGAAACCAGUGUUUGCCGUUCGCCUGCAAAUUGACAUAGAAUAAUG